CAUGUGACCGUUAGGGGUCCUGACUCGUGCGGUGCAGUUCAUCAUGGCGGCGAACAGUAGCAACAGCACGAGCGGUAAAAGCGUCGGAAAGCAGCCCUCUCCUUCUGCCGAGCAGGUGGUGGCGACCUUCCAGAGGAUGAGGCAGGAGCAGCGCAGUAUGGCCUCCAAAGCCGCAGAGUUUGAGAUGGAGAUCAAUGAACACAGCCUCGUCAUUGACACACUAAAGGAAGUAGAUCCCUCACGGAAGUGCUUUCGUCUAGUCGGCGGCGUGCUCGUGGAGCGGACCGUCAAAGAAGUUCUGCCAGCGUUGGAAAACAAUAAAGAACAGAUCUCGAAGAUCGUGGAGACGCUGAACACACAGAUGCAGGCUAAAGGGCGCGAGCUGACGGAAUACCGCGAGCGCUACAACAUCCGGUUAGUGGGAGAGGACGAGAAGCAGGGCAAAGCGGACGCCAGUCAAGCCAAAGACAGCGAAGCCGGCUCUAAAGGCGGCGCGGGAGUGCUCGUCUCGUAGGGCAUCGCUGCUGUAGAUGCCGCUGGCGCUUUAAUAUUGGCGGAGAGACUGAGUCGGCAUGUCUCCAUUUAGUCUUACACACGAAAGAGAGUGAAAGUCACAUUUUGUACAUUCAUUAUAUUAGAACAUAA